AUGACUAAUAUACUUCUCGUUUCUGCUGUUUUGCUACAUUUUCUCCAACAAGGGAGCACGAGCAAGAAAUUACCUGGAGUUGAGCAAUAUGAAAUAGUUUAUCCACGGAAAUUGCACACAGUACAUAAAAGAGACGUAGAAAGAAACAAAGAGACAAAAUACGAUGACACAAUGGAGUAUGGAAUCAAAGCCAACGGAGAGGAAGUCAUAUUGCACCUCCAAAAAAAUAAGUACCUAUUAGCUAGAAACUAUACCGAAACGAUUUAUUCUGAUGACGGCCGACAAAUAACAACAAGUCCUGAGAUCAAGGAUCACUGUUAUUAUGAAGGUUACGUUCAGAAUGAUGCUGAUUCCACAGCAAGCAUCAGUGCUUGCAAAGGUUUAAGUGGGUAUUUUGAGACCCGUGGUCAGAAGUACCUUAUUGAACCCUUGGGAACUUCAGAUGGAGAUGAACAUGCGGUCUAUAAGUAUGAGAAACUGGAACAAAAGUCCAUAAAAACCUGUGGUGUACUCAAUAAUACCUGGGAAUCGGAUUUGAACAACCCCAUCAAUGGCAUCUUCAAAUCCAGCAACAGUCCAGAAAUGAAGGCAUACCUGAAAGCAAAAAAGUAUCUGGAAGUUUACAUAGUUGCAGACAAUGCUUUGUACAAGAAGUACGAGCAAGAUGUUAAAAUCGUAAGACAAAGGAUAUUUGGAAUAGUCAAUUUCAUCAACACGGUUUAUAAGGCCGUGAAUAUCUACGUGGCUUUAAUUGGCCUAGAAAUCUGGACGGAUAAUGAUAAAUGCCUCCUGAGUCACGCUGCAGGAUUCACUCUGGACAGUUUCUCCAAGUGGCGCCUAUCAGAUUUACUGAAGAGGAAAAGAAAUGACAACGCUCAGCUAAUCACAGGCUACGACUUUGAGGGGACAACCAUUGGAUUAGCCUUCCUAAAAUCCAUAUGCAGUGAUACAUAUUCUGCAGGUAUUAUUCAGGAUCACAACAGAAACGAAAUUGCAGUUGCGGCUACCAUGGCACAUGAGAUGGGACACAACCUGGGCAUGAGUCACGACACCAAUGCCUGCACGUGUAGUGCUAAAGUCUGCAUCAUGACAGAUACCGUCAGUGCUAUCGUCCCCAUGAAAUUCAGCUCUUGCAGCCUCCAAAGUUUCGAGAAAUACAUGUUGAAUGACAUGCCAAAAUGCUUGACAAACAUCCCAGACAUAAGCAGCAUCAUAGCACCUCCAUCCUGUGGAAACGGCUUUGUGGAAGAAGGAGAGCAAUGCGACUGCGGUACUCCUGAGGAGUGCACAAAUGACUGCUGUGACCCCAAGACGUGCAAACUGACGGCAGGUUCCAUGUGUGCACACGGAGAGUGCUGUGAAAACUGCAAAUAUAAAAAAUCGGGAGCCACUUGCCGAGCAGUUAAGCACGACUGUGACCUGGUUGAGAUGUGCACAGGCUUUUCUGCGGAUUGCCCAGCAGAUCGAUUCCGUGUGAACGGAUAUCCCUGCAACGACGGCAAAGGCUACUGCUACAUGGGAAACUGUCCCACCCGUGAAAACCAGUGCAAAGCUGCUUUCGGACCACAGGCUACUGAAGGUGCAGCUUCCUGUUACCACAUGAACGAGAAAGGGGCAUAUUAUGGAUACUGCAGAAAAGAAAAAGGUAGUCACGUCCCGUGUACAAAAAAAAAUAAAAUGUGCGGAAAGUUGUACUGUACGGGGGGGAACGAGAUGCCUCGGGACGGGAGCCUGGUGGCUUUUGGGUCCUGCAAAGCAAGUUUUCCCAGAAAUGAAGAAAUAGACCAUGGGAUGAUUCUCGAUGGAACGAAGUGCGGGAAUGGGAUGGUGUGCAUCAAGGGAGAAUGUGUUUAUGCUGAAGAUGUCUUUAGAUCAGCCAACUGCUCUGCCAAGUGUACUGGACAUGCUGUGUGCGACCACGAGCUGCAGUGCCAGUGUGAAGAAGGAUGGGCACCACCAGCCUGCGGCAGCUCGUCAGCACUUACCAGCUUUGCUAUUGUUGCCGGCGUGCUGGUUGUCCUCGCUAUCGCAGCAAUUGCAGCAGUGUUACUUCUCCGCUUCCGAGUAUUCAAGAAGAGCUGCAGGACCAGAAGAAGACGUGGAGCCACAAACCAAGUCUUUGUGGAUCAAGAACAGAGAGAACACCCUGUCCUGGCGGUCCCUGCCCAGAAGGUAAGAGCGGGGAGGCACCGGGUCAGCUAUAGUCUCCCUGGGACUGUAACCGAGGGGUCGAAACACCAAAACUCAUCAGGCAAACCUGCCAUAAGGCCAAAAGGUCCCCCACCUCCUGUUCCUGCUACCAAACCAACCUCUUCUCACACAGAAGAGAUUUUUGCACCAGAGAGAAAACCUGUUCGUCCCCCAGUUCCCAAAGGCAAACCUCCACCUCCUCCAAAGGCUUUAAAACCUCCAAUUAAUCCCAGAGUAUGA